GUCGCCCUCAAGAACCCCCACCAUCCCCACCGCCAGCAGAUCGAUUCGCGAAAGAGACGACCGCCGCCGCAUCGGACCGUGCCCGAGCCCCCCUUCUCCUCGCUGACUCGGCUCCCCUCCUCCGCCGUCGCCGGAGGCGAAGCAAGUGGGGACCACAGAAGCAUUAGCUGGGUGAACCCACUCAAAGGGGGCAGGGAAUUGUGUGCUAGUUUGAAUGGCUGCUACAAAGCUUCAGGCCCUUUGGAACCACCCGGCUGGCCCCAAAACCAUUCAUUUCUGGGCGCCAACAUUCAAAUGGGGCAUCAGCAUUGCCAACAUAGCCGACUUUGCUAAACCACCUGAAAAGAUAUCUUACCCUCAGCAAGUUGCUGUUGCAUGCACUGGACUCAUUUGGUCAAGGUACAGCUUGGUUAUCACACCGAGAAACUGGAACCUUUUCAGUGUUAACGUUGCAAUGGCGGGUACAGGCCUGUAUCAGCUUUCACGGAAGAUCAGGCAAGAUUACUUAUCCGAUGAGAAAGAUGCUGCUUCACAACUGGAAGCAUAGAUAAUGACAACAGGCAAAGAAUAACGGAUUGGAAAGCCUGCAUCCUAGGAGUCUACUCUUGAUUUUUUUUUUCUGGGCAAGCAAAGAAUAACGGAUGGGUCAUGUUUGUUUUCCUGUUAUUCUGAAAUCGUGAGCAGGCUAAUGUGAAAAUCUUCCGCCAAAAAAGAAAACCAAUGAAGUGAUGUUUUGAGCAUUUUUUUUGUGGGAACAAGUCAUGAAAGUACAUGGUUUAUCUGUUGUUCUUUUGUUCCUUCAACCGCUUUAUUUGGGAAAACGCUAAAUUGUUGCC